AUGCUAAAUAAAGGAAAUGCCCAGACACCUGUUAAAGCAGCUAAUAUGGUAAGCAAAACUAAUUCGCAACGAAAUAGCCCAGCACCAGACCAUUACAAUGAUAAAAGGCACAUUUAUAACAAAUCUGUAUCACCAGGACGAUUUGAUUAUUCUUCGUUUGAGAUUCCUUAUAAACGAUAUAAAGAAAAAACCAAAAAACAGAAAAUUAUUCUUGAUAUUUCUAAUUAUUUUUUUAGCGGGAAAUGGAGGACUUUGUGCAAGAAGAUUUUGAAGAAUUUCUUUAUGAGAAGUGACAGCAAAAUCACUGAGAUGUGGUCAGAUGAAGAAGACGCUAAGUACUAUGAUGAUUAUAUAGAAAAUUAUAAACCUAGUGCUGAGGAUUGUUAUGGUAGUGAUUAUGGUAAUUAUGAAAACUAUGAAGAUUACGAAGAUUAUGAACAUUAUGAAGAUUAUAAAGAUUAUGAAGAUUAUGAAGACUGUGAGUAUUGCGAAUCAGAAAAAGAAAUUUGUGCGAAAUACGCAUGGGCAUUGCAUCAAGAGAAAGAGGCGUUAGAUGAUGGAAGCCAUUCUAAGGUUUGUGAAAGUGUGAUGACUAGUGAAAAUAGAGUAAACAGAGAUGGAGGUAAAGAUAGAACUGAAGACUGUAUUGAUGAAGUGGUAACUAGAGAGAAGCGUAUUCACAAAAAAUUGCCCGCGAGAAAAUGGAGAAAUGGGAAAAAUGGCGGUAGAUUUGACGAGCCAUUGAAGGAGGAAGUCGUUAACAUGUUGAGGCUAUUUGAAAUUAAGAACGGAGUUUUUUGCAGGGAAAUUGAAGAAAUUUGAAGAAACGUGAAGGAAGUGGAAAAGAUUGAAGAAAAGGAAGAAGGUUGAAGAAAAUUUGUGUUUUUGAAAAUAGUUGAAGAUGAUGGAGAUAAUUGGUCCUGUAACCGUAAUAAAUAAAUAAAUAAAAAUUCUUGAUAUUUCUAAUGAAGACGCCAGAAUGAAAGAAAUUUUUACUACAGAAAGUAAAUUCAGUGCUUUGGCAUCUCACAUUAUAACUCCCAAAAAGCAGACAAAUAAUAUUUCGUUAGAUAACAAGCCUUUUAAUCGAAGAAAAACUGAUUUAAUGAUACAGACAAACAAUUAUAAUGGAGAUGCAGAAAGGAAAAGAGCGACUGCAGCAUUUUUUGGGGAUGAAACUGAUGGGAUUCAUAAAAUUUCGAAUCAGUUAAUAAUAAGAUUUGCGAAAAAUCAAUUAAAAUCAAUGAUUCAUGACCCUAUUACUGGAGAAGUUAAAGAAUUCAGGGCUGAUAGAGAAAAACUUUUGCCACUUGGAGAGCAUAGACAAGAGAAUGUGGCGACGAAAAUUUGUGAGUCUCCUCCACCAUCUAUAAGGUACGAGCUGCCAAAAUUUGGCAAAAAAGUGCCGAGAAAUACAAUUUUCAAUCCUCUGACUGGUGAAAUAAAAGAAGUUGAUAAAAUGCAAAAUUUAUCAAGUGAUGGAAUGAACAAGAGUAUGAUACCGAGCUUUGAUUGGCCUUCUGUGAAGUCUAAUAUAAUUUAUUAA